CUCACUUCAUCUAGUUCUAGCCCCCUCCAACCGCGAAUUCUAGCUCCGUCCCUGGUCGCAUCAACCGCCGCCGUUGCCGCCUCCCUCAACCGCCGUAGUCGCCGCCUCCGACAGCCACCGCCUCUCGCGGCUGGGCGCCCGGAUCCACUUCGCCUUCCGGGUUUCAUCGCCGCCCCGUACAAAUCCGGUUCGACUCAGUUAAUUUGGCAUAUUAUUAAUUCAGCAGCUGCACUGAUGGAAAUUGAGCUACCGAACCUCCAGAAAGCUACAUCAAGUGAUCACUGGAGGAGCUUGGCCAGCAACCAGUAUCCAUCUGGUAAAUUCCCCAAGGUCUCAAUUGGCAUCGCAAUUCCGAGGGCAGGUUCUGUAUCAAGAGGCAGAGAUGCUGCUAACGUUCCUGCAUUCGAGAGGAAUUUGUCUCAAGCAACUGAUGGAGGAUCUAGACCCCCUAAAGGUUAUGUUGCUUCACUCAGGGCCUCACAAGAAGUUGCAAAACAUGAUGGAUCUGCUACAGAGGCACCUGAAGCCGUCUCUAUUAAGGUUUCUGUGUCACAACCUGAUAAUAAUGCAUGUGAGCAAACGGGAACCUUUUCCUUUGGGACAAGAAAAGAACAAGAUAGCCAGCUUGAUCAAUUAGAAAAGACACCACUUGUGAGUUCACAAGGAAAGCGCCAAGUGGAAUCUGCAGACAAAACCAAGCCCACCAGCGAAAUACUCAGGAUGAAGCUCUGGGAGAUCCUUGGUGGUACUUCACAAACCAAGGAGGCUGUUGCUUCACCAAACCCUGAAGACAUUGAGGCACCUGACCUGCCUAAGAGUCGAAUCGCCAACAGACCAUCCUCAGGGAAUAAGAAGCUUUACACUUCGCCAGUUCCUGAAAAUAUCAAGACACCUGAUCUGUUGAACUGUCAAACAGCCAACCAUACAAAGUGUAAACCAUCCUCCGAUCCAAUUGAGUCAGAUUCUGAUACUCCACAAGUAGUUGAGAUAAGACCUAUUACUCGCACCUUGGGACGCAAGAAAGCACCAGCAGCCUCCAAGCAGCAGAAUAAGAGCCAGAGUGCAAAGAAACCAUUGUCUACUACCUCACGUUCUGCACCCAAGCAGAAAACGCUGGACAACGUAUUUGUUUUCAACGAGAAAUGCACACCUAAAACAGUGGGGAAAUCUGUAACUGGUAACUCUGGCUCCUUGAGAAAUCUUAGAAGCUCGAAUAGGAAGGCUAAAGUGGAGCCUAAGAAGAUACAUUAUUCUGACAGGAUUUCCCAUAAGACCACACAUGAUGAUAGGGAAAGACAGAUGCCUUCUCAAAAUGUACCAUCAGAGAAUAAGGGAGAGAAAACCACCUCCUUUUCUUCUUUGUCCCGAACUGGAAAAACUGCUGAGAGCUGUUCUAGAAGCCCUAAAAGGGAGAAAAUCCUGAAUGAAAUGGCUAAAGUUGAGGCCCGGAAAAUGGAGAUUUCAGAAAAUUUGCUGGCCAAGGCACUGAAUGGUGGUGAAGAUAAGCUCUCUUCUCAGAAUGUUUCGAACAACAAGGGAAAUUGUUCUUCUUCACUGCAUCAGAAGGAGAAUGACAGUUUGAACAAAGCUCCAGACAGAAAUCCUCAGGCACAGACAGCAGGGGGGAAUAGUUUUAACUCGCCACAGUCUGCGGCUGCUAGUCCAUCACCCGAACCGAAAAUGUACCCAUGGGAUCGUGAGGCAAGUCCUCAGAUAUAUGGUAAACUUGGAGAGAAGUUUGCAAGUCCAUUGGCAGACAGAUUCAGGGACAUGCCAGAUGACUUUGCAAGCCCUACUUUUGCAGCUAAUGUAAACGACUCCCACCAAAGAAGUAAAAUGCUAGAUGAUGACAUGUACAGCGCCAAAUAUCCAAAAAGUGUGAACAGGUCAAGAUCAAGUUCCUAUUCUUCGGAUCCAGGAUCUGAGCCAUUGGACGAAAUGGAUAAAACUGAUGAGUUGCCUGGCAGUGAAUCUCCUAAUUCUCCAGAAGAAAGAGAGAACAGAAAACAACCAUAUCUUUCAUCCAUUUCGCCAACUGAAGAUGAAGGGGCUCAAAUUUCUCUUCCAAGCUUUGGAGAAGGAUAUAAAUCCCGCAAAUGGCUUUCAGAUGUAGACAGCCCUGAUAAAUCUCCUCUUGAACAUAUGGACAAGAAAUCGCAUCUUAAAGAGGGCAGAAGUGGCAAAAAGCGCUUACCUUCACCUAUCCCUUUUGCCAAUGGAACACAAGAAACUAUAAUGUCGGACAAAGAACCAGUGCAAUGUUCAGAUGACUACCUGAUCAGGGCUUUUGAUCAGUUGUUAGUGGUGCUGGGAAGGUUCCAAACCAAGAUCAAGUCCGAAACCAGCAUCAAAAGUUCUGAGAUACUUGCAGCUACUGGAGAGAUAAUACGCCAGCACCUUGAGGGGGUUGAGGUGCAGAUGCAGGCUGAUGUGGAUAAGCUGGUCAACGCAGGAAAAACUAAAAGGAAACGGCUAGAAUCAACAUUUGAAGAGCAACAAGAACAGUUACGGGUUCUACAUGAGAAGUUCAAGGAGGAGGUUAACCAACAGUUGCUUGGUUGCAAGAACUCUCUCGAGGCUUUUGAAGCAUAUCAUGCCGAACUUAAGGGUGUGGCUGACAAGCAAAAAGCGUCACACAAGAAGCUCCUCCAACGUGCUGACAAAACAGUUGGCUCUCAGCUCAACGACGCCGAAAUCAAAAUCGCGGAGGUUCAGAAGAGAGCUCGAAAGAAGAUAACCAGCCUAAAAUGCGUGCUCAAGGAGCUCAUCAUAGAAGCUGCAGAUUGACAAGUUCACCCACUCUACACAAGACAGCUAAGGUGAAAUGAGUAGGACGUAAAUAAUCCACACCACAAACAGAUCUGCGGCUCCAUUUUAUAAAGGGUACAGGCGGAUGGUGCCGGUUUCGUUUCUUACAGUUACAAGUUGAGCUCUGCCAAGACAGUUUAGAAGGCAUCGUUUCUCCUGUUUUAGCUCCUUAUAGAGUUGUCUACUAUUUUGCGUCCGUGGCCCACUAAGUUACCAUCCUGGAAACUAUCCACCAAUGGUGCCUUAAUCACGAAUCAUUUCUAAAUAGAUGGGAGUACACUCUUCUCGAGUAAUGUAAAAAACUGCAAAUGCUGAGGUUUGUCUUAACUGCAUCUGAAUGUUACGGGGAGAUAUCAAAUGGACUCGUUUGGUGAUGUCUUUAA